GUUGACAGCUGUCAAGUCAAUUGCAUUUGUUUUUUAUUCGCAUUCUAUUUUCGUGUGUGACGGUUCUGCAGUCAGUCCGGCAAAUAAAAUAUUUAUUUCAUUAAAACUUUUCGUUUUACGAAAUUGUUAGGUUUUAUUCCUUCGCAAUUGAUCCAGUAUUUAUAUAAAACAUGCAGAACGGUGAAGAAACAGUGGCAGCUACGGAAACAGUCAAGCCUGAAGAAGUAACGAAGCAAUCUUACCGCGUCAAAGUAUGGAGACACUUGGAGAACAAUGGUCUGGCCAUGUUCCCCAGGCCAGUAUACAACCGCAUACCAAAUUUUAAGGGUGCUCAAGAGGCGGCAGUCAAGCUGGCAGAGCUGGACGUGUUCAAAAAUGCAAAUACUGUUAAAGUCAACCCUGAUAAGCCACAGGAGCCCGUAAGAGUGCUAUGCCUGGAGCAGCAAAAAAAUCUCUACGUUCCGGUUCCUCGCCUGCAAAAUGGUUUUAUGAACCGUCUAGUAUUGCCCGAGGGAGAGACUGGACCAGCGGCUAUCAAAAAGGCAGUCUCCCGAAACGGAAUGGAGACGUACGGAAAACCAUUGACCAUUGAAGAAUCCGUUUCGCUGGAUCUCGUCGUAAUGGGAUCAGUCGCCGUCUCCAAAGAGGGAUACCGCAUUGGCAAAGGACGAGGAUACGGUGAUCUGGAAUUCGGUCUAAUAAUGCACAUGAAGGCUAUCAAACCCAAUACUCUUGUGGUCACCACUGUGCAUGAUUGUCAAGUGUUUGACACACUACCGCAGGAACUGUUUGGACCACAUGACGUCCCAAUAGACAUCAUUGUCACACCCACACAGGUGAUAGAGACACAGCGUCUCAGCCAGCGUCCAGUGGGCAUUCUUUGGCACCUGCUCUCAAACAGACGCAUUCAACAGAUGCCUGUGCUUGCGCAGCUUCGUGAAAUUGAGAUGCUAGCGGGCCGUGAUUGUACGUUGAAGGAAGUGGACACGGAUAUUGAAGACCGUGGCGGAUCUCGUGCACGUAGACAGAGACGUCGUACUCGCUCACACAAGAGCCAGAGUGAGGGAGAGGGUAACACAACAGAAGGUGAAGAGAAGCCCAAGAAUCGUCGUACACCGCGCAGGCGCAACAGUCAGAGGUCUGCCAAGGAGAAUAAGGAAAACAAGGAAGGAGAUGACGUUAAGGAUAAGCCCAGGCGUCCGCGAAGACCGAGACCGGUCAUUGAUUUCUCUGUUAAAAUCUCGAAUAUUAGCCCGUCAACUCGAGUGCGUGACUUGAAGCAAGCACUCAUAGAACGCGGUGUUAAACCACAGAUGAUGACUUGGAAAGGAUUCCGCGGGUUCUGUUACCUACACUUCUACAAAACACCCCAAAAGGGUGAAGGCGACAACAUUCAACCGCCAAACAUGGAGAGCAUAAUCAGUGCGUUGUCCCAAAUGUGUGUGGCUGGUACGGGAGACGAGACCAGCGAGAAGCCUCGUUUACUGAGCGUCGAACCUGCGCCUCCCAGGAAUAUUGUGCGGCCCGUCACUCCCGCCGUUGAACAGCCGCCGUUAGAGGUACACUAAUCUUCUACCAUGUGUCGCACGAACGUUGCUCGCUUCAGCACGGAGCAUUCCGAUAUUAAUUUUAGUCUUAAGGUUUAUUUAUCUGCCGGCCGUUUAGCGAUUUUUAUGCUAAUUAUAGAAUUAUAUUAAUGCUAAGACCAAAUAAUUGCUAAAGCCAAAUUUUAGUUUUGUAGAAACGGUAAUAAUUACCUCACAUUUUUUUUACAUUUCUAUUAGUUCGAAAUAAAAUUUUAUCUUAAUGAUAUUAGACGAUGGAUAUGUUUCUGUAUGUUUUUUCACUCGAGAAUAUCUCUUGAUCUACCUCCACAUAUCUCUAUAUUUUAUUAUAACUUUCUUACCUAUCCACUUGCCACUUAUUUGCUUUUCAUCCAUCGAUUAUAAUAACAGUUAUAAUCAAAUUUUAUUAAUAUUCUUUUAUAAUUGGUUCCAAGGAAGCGAAAGUUCGAUUUUAAGUUAUUUCGAACGGGCUCGAAGUAUUUUUUGUUGUUAUUGCCAUAACGGCCGGCCUAUUUGUUAGAGAGAGAUAGAGUAUAUAUUUACAAAUUUAUUAAUAUAUUCGUUUUUGAUUCUCUAGUCCUAGAAUUUAAUAUUUACUCUUGUUUUCAAUACUUUUAAGGAUUCUUCCGCGUAUAGAAGUUAUUCUAGGGUAAAAUGUGCACCAUUGGGCCCAGGACGUAUACGUGAUUCGUGUACGUGCGUAUACGUCCUGUAUGGGGACUAUUCUAACAAUGUUUGAUAAUCUCCAUAUUCCGGUGCUUAAACGGGAGUCCAAAUUUCAAUUAAACGGAUUUGAUUAGAUUUAAGUAUAUUUUUGCAUAAUUUGGACUCCCGUUUUGGUUUAGUGCCAACUCGAUUAAGGUAUAUUAGUACCGAUUGUCCUAUGUCUUGUGAUUCUCAACGAUUAGGCAUAUCUGUUGAUAUAGACUUUUUCAGUAUUAGAAUUAUGGAUUUAGGAUUCCAAAGAUACGGAGAGAUUCCGUUUUGUUUAAAAGCCAAAUAAGUGUUUUAGUUUAUGAAAUUUUAAGUGAAGCCAAUUAGCCUUUUAUUUGAACGAAGUAAAAUGUUAUUAAUAAACGAAAUCUCUUUGUAUUAGGCAUCUUUUAUUUUUAGUGGACGCGUUUCUCAGAUCCUAUUGGUCUCUUAUAGUGAAAAAUUUAAUUAUUUUAAGUCUGUUUUAUAUCGAUGUAUUUUUCGAAAUUAUACGUUUUUUUGCAGCAUAAUAGUAGUAGCGUGGAUGAAGCCGAAUGUAUAAUCCAUAAUAAAGUUAUUUUCGCAGAUAAAUUUCAGUUAUAAUUGUGAUUUGUCACAUUUCGUCUUCAUUCACGCGUUUAAGCAUUUUUAACUGGUUUGUUAAGCAAAUAACUGCCUCGACGUUCAACUGCGCACAUAAUAUUAAGUAACACAUGGGUAGCGAGCAUGGUUCUUGUUUUAUAUUUUUUUAAUAAACUUUAUUUAACAAC